GUUUAAAUGUGAGGUAUCCAACUACCCAUGUAGGUGACCUUAUAAAAGGAAGAAAAGGGUGUCUGGUUUUCACUUCUUUUAGAGAAAGUUAUAUAUCCACAUUUGUGUGUAUUUUACAGAGAAAAAGAGAGGAGAGAGAAUGGCAAUGGGAGAGAUGCAGCUAAGCCAGCUAGCAGCAACACAUCUGCUUCAACACACAUUAAGAAGUUUCUGCGUUCAUGACAAUUCUCAAUGGGUUUAUGCAGUUUUCUGGAGAAUCUUGCCAAGAAACUAUCCUCCACCCAAGUGGGAUGGUCUAGGGGGAACAUAUGAUAGGUCUAGAGGCAACAGGAGAAAUUGGAUAUUAGCAUGGGAAGAUGGUUUUUGUAAUUUUGCAGCGUCAACAACAAACGAGAUUAACAGUGAUUGUUCGGUUUACACUGAUCACGAAUACCAACAAUAUCAAGGUCUUCAACCGGAGCUCUUUUUCAAGAUGUCACAUGAAAUUUAUAACUACGGCGAAGGGUAUUUUUGAGAUUUCACUCUCUUUUUCAA